GCCAGUGCUGAAUCCGACGUUCUGACAUGUAGUUAUUGCGAGGGGCAGUUCCAGGGAGAAUGGAGGAAGCGUAACCUAAGUCGACAUGUAAAGAUUCAGCAUGGCGAUAACAAGCCCAUUGAAUGUGACGCACCGGGUUGUGAACGCUCAUACAAGCGGAGCGAUGCGCUGAAAGUGCACCUGAGGAAGGAGCAUCCCGAUAUCGCACCACCGUUCCAGCCUCGUAAA